AUGGGAGUCCGUUUUGCCAAAGCUUCGGGAGCACGUCCCUCGGGGCGACCUUCCGACACCUCACCCGUCCCUCGGCCCCAGGGCAAGAAGGGGCCGCUGCCACCACUGAAAGUGAGCGGCUGCACCGAUGUGACCAUUAGUGGCAUUAUCGCCGGCGAGUACGUCCCGGACACGAGCAACCACGGGAAGGUGGUCUAUAAACGCAAGGAGAAAUCGAAGGGGCUGGAUGUCUUGAUCUAUUUCUGGGAUGAGCGAGACGGGCCUGAGCUUUGUGGCUGGUGGAUUGGCCCCAAGGUGGGCGGUGAUCAGGUUUGGGCUUACCAUCCGAGCUGCACUGCUGGAACGCCCCCAGCUUCCCAGUGGAACGUCCCACAUGACGGGCCAAUUGAUGAGGCCAGAUCGGCGGACUGA